AUGGCCCUUUGGACGCCCUACGCUGAGGACACAGCCCUCGAUCUAUCCACGAAGUACAAAAGUGAAUGUGUGCCGUAUUACAACAGUUAUUACCCAAUGUAUGUGCCAGUGCCGGAAACGUCACCAUUAUCGAGCUGUUCCAGCUUUGCUCCGAUACCUACGAGCCCGCCUUUACGUUCAGGAAUGAUCUCUCCUCCUGACUCCCCAGUGUCCGUGAACGAAAGGAAGCGACCUAGCUACAUGAUGGAUGUAGACUCGCUGUCCGACGACCCAGACUUCCAGGCCUUCGAAAGAGAUGCAUUACGAGCUAUGGCGGAAAAAAAUGGCGGAACUUUACUCGGAAACAACCCGAGAAUGCGCCGCGCAGUACAAACCAGCCAAAACGCUGACGAUUCGUACAGAAAGCAAAGGGAAAGGAACAAUUACGCGGCGAAACAGAGCAGAGACAGAAGGAAGCUUCGAGAAAUCCAUUUGGCGCUAAAAGUGACAUAUCUGAAGAACGAAGUCGCCAAAUUGAAGAGUCAAUUGGCUUCAAGAGCUUGCAGUAGAUGUCAGCAACCUUGUAUUUGUUAG